GCACCAUUGCUUAUUGCUAUCCCAUGAACUACAGUGGCAGUCUACCUUCUANNNNUAGUUUUCAGGAUGGUGCUGAUUGUGUGCUGGCCACGUUUGGCGACAUCAAGCG